GGUGAACCUCAACUCUCAUUCGACAUAUUGUCAAUUUUCAUUGAAUACUUAAUGAGUCAAAGUCUUCGUUUGUAAGUCUUGUUCGACGAAACUUGUUUCGUUCAACUCAUAAUUAACAGCAACGAUAUGGUAUGAUAUACACUACAACUCGAUCGAUCUAUCUGAUCUAUCACUUGAGCUUAACAAAUUAAAUUAAAUUAAAUUAAAUGGCGUUGAAAGUGCUUUCGGCACUGGACUCCGCAAAAACGCAGUAUUAUCACUUUAAAGCUAUCAUCAUAGCCGGCAUGGGUUUAUUCACCGAUGCCUACGACCUCUUCUGUAUCCCUCCCAUCAUGAAACUCCUCGCUCACAUCCAUUAUCCCCACCAAUGCGACGACACGCGCUGCGAAGUUUCUCCGGCCGUCAAUUCAACCAUGGUGGGAAUAGCCCUCCUUGGAACCGUGAUAGGCAAGCUGGUUUUCGGGCGGCUGGGCGAUCUGGUGGGGCGACGCCGAGUCUACGGCUUUGCACUGGUGCUCAUGAUUGUCAGCUCUGUGGGCUGCGGAUUCUCUAUCUGCACCUCCACCACAUGCGUCAUCCUCAGCCUGGGUUUCUUCAGGUUCUUGUUGGGAGUGGGGAUUGGCGGCGACUACCCUUUGUCGGCCACCAUAAUGUCGGAGUUUGCUAACAAGAGGACGCGCGGCGCUUUUAUUGCGGCCGUGUUUUCCAUGCAGGGUUUUGGGAUCCUGCUCAGCUCCACCGUCACCAUGGUUGUGUGUUCCAUCUUUAUCCGGGCUACCAACCUCUCGCCGGAAAAUCUUCAUACUCCGGCGUCGGCGGACUUGGCCUGGAGAAUUAUUGUGAUGAUAGGUGCAGUGCCGGCGGGGAUGACAUAUUACUGGCGUAUGAUGAUGCCAGAGACCGCCAGGUACACAGCUUUGGUGGAGAAAAAUUUGUUGCAAGCAGCCAAGGACAUGGAAAAGGUGUUGGACGUUUCAUUAAGCCCCAUAGAAGAAGAGGAGGAAGAGGAUAUCGAUCCAGAAUUAUCUUCUUCACCCAUAAGAAACACACAUUUCUGUAAUAAUGACUAUUCCUUAUUCUCCAGAGAAUUCUUCCGCAGACAUGGCCGCCACCUCCUUGCUUGUUCCCUUUCAUGGUUUCUUGUGGACGUCGUCUUCUACAGCAGCAACCUCUUUCAAUCCCACAUUUACCACCAAUAUCUCCCUGCAACCACAAAAAAUGCUUUCCUAGAGGCCUUUAACAUCGCAAAACUCCAAACCAUCAUCGCCAUUUGCUCCACAGUUCCUGGCUAUUUUUUCACCGUCUACUUCAUCGAUCGCAUUGGCAGAGUCAAAAUCCAGAUAAUGGGGUUCUUUUUCAUGGCCGUGGGGUUAUUCGCCAUUGGAGUCCCUUACUAUAGCUUCUGGGCGGAGAACAAUAAUGGAGUUAAGGGUGUGGGGUUCAUGUUCCUUUACGGACUCACCUUCUUCUUCUCCAAUUUCGGGCCCAACACAACCACUUUCAUAGUCCCGGCGGAACUGUUCCCGGCCCGGUUCAGAACAACGUGCCACGGAAUAUCCGGCGCCGCCGGGAAGGUGGGGGCGAUUAUUGGGGCGGUUGGUUUCUCCUGGGCUUCCCAUAAGUACAAGCAGAAAGAGCAUAGGGCAGGGAUUGGAAUGACGGCGUUGUUGGUGAUGCUGGGCGGAGUUUGUAUUGCCGGAAUGAUAAGCACCUACUUUCUGACGCCGGAGACCAAGGGGCGAUCAUUGGAGGACAACGAAAAUUUUGAGGAACAUCCUCAAAGAUGUACUGCUUCCUCUAUGUGUCUCUCGCACUGUUUCAAAGGAUACACUGCUGUUGAGCCACGAUCAUCAACACCGCCAGCUAACAAUAAUAAUCCUGCUGCUGCUGUUAAUAAUACUGCUUAAUUCAUCA